AGCUAUGAAUACCCGCAACAAUCGUAACCGUCAGCUAUCUCUGUCUCCUUCCCCGCCUCCUCGUUAUCACCAGGCCCCUCCGGCCAUGGACUUGACCCAACUCAUAGUCCAGUUUCAGAGAAUGAAUGCACCGACUUUCGCGGGGACUGAGAACCCCACUGCAGUACUGGAAUGGAUUAAAGAGCUGGAUAAGAUUUUCGCUCUACUUCCUCUCCCGGACCGACAGCGUGUAUCACUCGCAGCUUAUCAGAUGAAGGAGGACGCUUCUGACUGGUGGAUUGACCACUGGGCUCGGAAGCUAGAGGCGGAGCUUCAUGCUCUCACUUGGGAGCAGAUGAAAACGAUGUGCCACGACAAGUUCCUUCCCCAGAGUUUCUGGGAUAGGAUGGAACAUGAGUUCUACCAUUUGCAGCAGGGCAGCUCCACCGUGGACGAGUAUGUUCGCACUUUCACCCGGAUGUGUCUUUUUGCUGGCAACUCGGUGAAUACCGAUGCCAAGAAGGCCCGCAAGUUUCUUAAGGGGCUCAAUCAGAGGAUCCGUGAACUGGUGGAAAGUCACGGAUUGAUGUCUUUCGCCGACACUGUGAGUCGGGCUCAGAAGGUGGAGAGCUGUCUCAUUCCGAUAGCUCCAGUCCCUUCAUAUAUUCAUGCCUCCCAGCCUUCUCAGACCGUUGUUCAGUAUGCCCAGCCUAUUACCUCUGUGCCGCCCAGCUCCAGCUCGGGCAAGAGGAAGUCUGACUUUCAGAACAAAAAGAAGGGAAAGAAGGGGAAUUUCGGUCAUCGCGAUAAUCGCCCCACCGGCAACCAUACCUGCCUGAGAUGCGGCAAGUCCCAUGGAGGCGAGUGCCUCGCGAACCAGCGCUCAUGUUUCAACUGCAACCGUCUAGGGCACUAUGCUAAUGUUUGCCCCGAUCCGAAGAGACA